AUUUUAGGAUGACUGCAACGAUAUCGUACAGCAGUGCAGGGAUAACCUCUGCAGCUGGAGUGAUAUCUCUUUUGGAUGAACCUCAAAUAGAGCUGAAGAUAUUUGCCCUGAACAAGCUCAACCUCAUUGUCCAUGAAUUCUGGGCCGAGAUCUCAGAUGUUGUGGAUAAAAUUGAAAUUCUGUAUGAAGAUGAGUCAUUUGAGGAGCAGGAACUAUCAGCGCUGGUCGCAUCUAAAGUAUACUACCACCUUGGAGCAUAUGACGAAGCACUGCACUAUGCGCUAGGCGCUGCCAGUUUACUGGACGUCAACCAGUCUUCUGAAUAUGUUGACACUGUUGUAGCUCGUGCGAUAGAUCAGUACAUUACACAGAGGAUAAAGUUGUGUGAUGAUGGUAACGAUAUCACCAUCGACUCAAGAUUAGAGCUCAUUGUUGAGAAAAUGUUUCAGAGAUGUUUUGAUGACGGCAAAUACAAACAGGCGGUGGGGAUAGCACUUGAAACAAGACGUUACGAUAUGUUGGAGUCAGCAAUAAUGAAGAGUGACGAUAUACCAAGUCUGCUGAGUUACGCACUGGGCAUUGCUAUGACACUGUUGCAGAAACGAACUGUCAGAAAUACGGUAUUACAAGUGUUAGUACGUCUCUACACCAACCUAUCUGAACCAGACUACACCAACAUGUGCCAGUGUUAUAUCUACCUCAAUGAACCUCAAACUGUAGUCAACAUCCUCAACAAGCUCGUCAGUGGCUCUGAGGACGAGUUACUGAUGGUAUUCCAAAUAUGUUUUGAUGUGUACGAGUCAGCGACUCAGCACUUUAUUGAUGAAGUGAUGGAGGGGCUGGGGAUCAAACAGAAGAAGGAAGAGGGAACAGCCAUGGAAGUAGAGAGCUCCGAGCCAGUGAAGCCGUCCGAGGAACCAGUUAAAACUGUAGCACAAGACUCAGCGAUAGAUAAGAAGCGAGCUCAAGUUGGGUCUAUUCUUAGUGGUGAAAUACCAAUCACAUUGAAAUCCCAGUUUUUGAUCAGGAAGAAUUCGAGCGAUAUGCUGGUGCUGAAGAAUUGCAAGGAUGCAUCCAGGAACGCGGUAUGUCACACUGCUACUGUGAUAGCCAACUCACUGAUGCACGCUGGGACAACAUGUGAUGCAUUCCUGAGAGAUAACCUCGACUGGCUAGCAAAGGCUACAAACUGGGCCAAGUUCACAGCUACUGCCAGUAUUGGAGUUAUUCAUCACGGUCACGAAACUAAUGCCCUCAAACUCAUGUCCUCUUAUCUACCUAAGGAGCCAGCAAGCGGUAGUCCGUACCAGGAGGGGGGUGCCCUGUAUGCGCUGGGUAUGAUCCACGCUAACCACGGUGCUGCUAUCAUACCUUACCUCUCUGAACAGCUCCAAACUGCUACCAACGAGACGGUAAAACACGGAGGAUGUCUAGGAUUGGGGCUAGCAGCGAUGACAUCAAAGAGUAGUGAUAUAUACGAGCAGCUCAAGAACAAUCUGUAUCAGGACGAUGCUAUCAUCGGGGAGGCGGCUGGCAUCUCUAUGGGUCUUGUUAUGAUGGGAUCGUUAGAUGAGGAUGCUCUGUCUGACAUGGUCCAAUAUGCUCACGAGACUCAACACGAGAAAAUUCUCCGUGGUUUGUCUCUCGGAAUUGCAAUGAUCUGUUACGGGCAGCUGGAAGCAGCAGACCCCACUAUUCAGUCCCUUACUGACGACAAGGACCCCGUGCUAAGAAUGUGUGGAAUGUACAGCGUGGGAAUGGCAUACGCUGGAACUGGAAAUAACAAAGCCAUCAGACGUCUUCUUCACGUUGCGGUAUCUGAUGUAAAUGAUGACGUACGAAGAGCAGCUGUUAUCUCAAUCGGCUUCCUCCUCUUCAAUGCUCCUGAACAGUGCCCCAAUGUAGUGUCCCUUCUUUCUGAGUCCUACAACUCACAUGUGCGGUACGGUGCUGCUCUCGCACUCGGAAUUAGUUGUGCAGGAUCUGGAAUGAAAGAAGCGCUCAGUAUCCUAGAACCCAUGAUAAACGACCCUGUGAACUAUGUACGUCAAGGUGCACUGCUGGCUUCCGCCAUGGUCCUGGUCCAACAAAACGACCACAUGUGCCCCAAACUGAAGACCUUCAAAGACCUGUUCACUAAGACUAUGAGUGAUAAGCACGAGGAUGUUAUGGUCAAGUUUGGAGCUAUUCUUGCUCAGGGUAUAAUUAACGCAGGAGGAAGGAACUGCACUAUAUCAAUGAGGACCCAAUACGGUCACACUAACGUGCCUUCCGUUGUUGGUCUUCUAGUGUUUACACACACUUGGUUCUGGUUCCCUCUGGCUCACUUCCUCUGUCUGGCAUUCCAGCCUACAUACCUUAUCGGUCUUAAUAAGGAUCUCAAGAUGCCGGUAAUGAAAUUUAAGUCGUGUGCUAAACCCUCUGCGUACGCCUACCCACCUCUUCUAGAGCCACCAAAGGAGAAGGAGAAGGAGAAGGUAUCAACCGCUAUCCUAUCCACCACUGCCAAGAAAGCAGCUAAGAGUAAGACCGCUGCUGCCACUCCAAUGGAAGUAGACCCUCCAGCUACCGCUGCUGCUGAGAAGAAGGAAGAGAAAAAGGUCGAAGAGAAAAAGGACGAGAAGAAAGAAGAAAAGAAAGAGAAAGGUGAUGAUGAGAAGAAGGAAAAGAAGGAGGAAGCAAAGUGUGAACUGAUUGCUAAUCCUGCCAGAGUACUUGUUGAACAACGUAACGUGAUGGAUAUAGAAAGCAGUAGUCGGUACAGCAGUGUUUGGAAUAGGAACGGUCUGGGCGGGUUUAUAGUGUUGAGAGACACUAAAGGUGGGGUCGAGGAGGACAUCAUUGAAACUCUUCAACCUACCGCAGCUGCAGAGGAAACUACAACGGAGGAGAAGGAGCCCAGCCCUCCAGAACCUUUUGAGUACACCGAGUAAAGGAGAGGGUUUUUGAGGGUGGACUAUUAUAGACUAUAAUAUAUAGACUAUAUUAUAGACUCUAUAGACUAUAUGCACAUUUAUAGAUUUGAGAACUAUAAUAUAUUUGUAAAUGUAUUGGACACUAUAAAUUUUUACUUUAUAGUUCGUCCAAGUGUUUGAUAUUUCCACGAUGAUGAAG